GUAACAUAUAUAGAUAUGACGAUCAAGGUUGUACCUUUGGGUGCAGGACAGGAUGUAGGUAGGAGUUGUGUCAUUGUAAGCAUUGGUAACAAGAACAUUAUGUUUGAUUGUGGAAUGCACAUGGGAUAUCACGAUGAACGUCGAUUCCCCGACUUCUCCUUCAUCCCGACCAAGGCAAUCGUACCUAUACUCUUGGAGGACUAUCGCAAGAUAUGUGUGGAUAGAAAGGGCGAGACCAACUUCUUCACGCCUCAGAUGAUAAAGGAUUGCAUGAAGAAGGUGGUACCUAUUGCAUUGCAUCAGACGAUACAUGUGGACGACGAGUUGUCGAUCAAGCCAUACUACGCAGGCCACGUGCUUGGUGCAGCGAUGUUCUAUUGCAAGGUGGGCGAAGAGAGUGUUGUGUACACGGGCGACUACAACAUGACACCCGAUCGACAUUUGGGCAGUGCGUGGAUCGACGCCGUGCAUCCGACAUUGCUAAUCACCGAGACAACCUACGCCACCACCAUCCGUGACUCGAAGCGUGGCCGUGAGCGCGACUUCCUCAAGCGAGUGCACGAGUGCGUGGAGAAGGGCGGCAAGGUGCUGAUACCAGUGUUUGCGCUGGGCCGUGUCCAGGAGCUGUGCAUCCUGGUCGACACGUACUGGGAGCAGAUGGGUCUGAACGUCCCCAUAUACUUCUCCGAGGGCCUGGCCGAGAAGGCCAACUUCUACUACAAGCUGUUCAUCACAUGGACCAAUCAAAAGAUCAAACAGACAUUCGUCAAGCGCAACAUGUUCGAUUUCAAACACAUCAAACCGUUUGAUCGAGCGCUGAUCGAUGCGCCCGGCCCCAUGGUCCUGUUCGCCACGCCGGGCAUGCUGCACGCGGGUGCCUCGCUCGAGGUGUUCAAGAAGUGGGCGCCCAACGAGCUGAACAUGACAAUCAUCCCGGGCUACUGUGUCGUGGGCACCGUUGGCAACAAACUCCUGUCAAACAGCGGGCCUCAGACCGUGGAGAUCGACAAGAAGACAACAUUGGACGUGCGCUGCAAGAUACACAACCUCUCAUUCUCGGCGCAUGCCGACGCCAAGGGCAUCAUGCAGCUGAUCAAGAUGUCGCAACCCAAGAACGUUUUGUUGGUGCAUGGCGAGAAGGAGAAGAUGCGCUUCCUGAGCGAGAAGAUCAUACGCGACUUCAACGUGCCAUGUUACUUCCCGGCAAAUGGUGUCACGGUGCACAUUGAGUCGCCCAAGAGCAUCCCCGUCGACAUAUCGAUCAAGCUGCUCAAGAGACAGAUUGCCGAGUACUCUCAGGAGAACAGCAGAUCAUUCACUCAAACAGACACAGACAUGCUCGAGAAUGACGAGGUGAGCGAUGCCGAACAUCACUUGGCCAAGAAGUCCAGAGCGCCAAUCGUGUCGGUGCCAAUCCAAGGCAUCAUGGUGGCCAAGGGUUUCCAGAGCAUCAAGUUGCUAGACCCUAGCGAGGCGCCCAGAGAGGUGGCCGUCAACAAUGUUCAGAUGAACUUCAUACUGUACUGGAAGUUGACUAGCGAGGUCAAGGACUGUGUCGAGCUUCUGUAUGUCGAGCUGCGCAAAUGGCUGGGGGGCACAUCAAUCGAGCGAGUUAACAACAACCUGAUUGUCGUCAAGUCGUCCAUAUCGAUCGAGUUUGACAAGACCUUGCUUCAGUUCACCAUCAAGUGGUCGAACAAAGAGGAGUACCUCUCUGAGCACAUCCUGUCCAUCCUUCAGAACCUAUUCCCAAAGAAU